AAGAAUAAAUACACUCCGGCUGAAUGGAGCCCAAGGAACCAAGGUCUAAUCAUCUCAAGAAAGGGAACAAGGCAGAGUGAGUAACCCUUACCGUACUGGAUUUGAGAAAGUGCGCAGAGUCUUGCGUGCACACUUACCACUUACAUGGUUUUGAGAAAGUACACAAAGCUUAGCGUGUGUCCCUAAAGGUUCCUAAGCAUCGUAGAGGCGCUGAAUCGCACUGAAGAGGCAUGCUUAACUUUACAAACCUCAGCCAGGGGGAGCAUUACCUGAGGCAGCAUAUACAAGAAGACUUCUGUAACUGCCACCUCCACUUCCCGCUAGAUUCGACAGCACCACUAAGCGGCCGUAAGACCCCUCAGGGUGACCUGGCCGGACAUCUAUGAAAUUCCCUGCAGAGCUGUGCUCAAGGGGUGCCUCCUUUCAGCCCAGACCAUCAGCAAGGUGGUUGCUAUGAACAUAAAACCAGCCAAAAAAAUUAUAGGUCCAAUAGGAGACUGUUAUGCGAGAGGGUUCCACCUAACCUCGAUCAGGUGGAGAGCUGGUGGUUACAGGGGAAUUAGGAAGGGGAGGAUAAAAGCAGAAGUUAAAAAUCCCUGAAGGGAUCAUGUAAUGAUUGCACAAAAUCCAGGUGCAAGUGGAGACAGUUCAUUUUGCCACAACAGCAAACAAGCAAGAUACAUAGAGGAUGAACAUGAGCAGGUGAGAAGGUCUCUCAUGUUUUCAUUGAGUGUUUUUGUAGGUGCUCCUGUUCAAAGACGGCAGAAAGCGCUUUGUGUUUUUUUCUUUAUUUUAUAAAAGCACCGCAUUUUGUUGAUAUUGUGAGUGCACACAAAUAAAAGUAGACCCUUUACAGUUACGAAUGAUGUAUUACUCUUACUUUUAUGAGUACAAAUGAAGGCAUAUCCAAGGAAAAAAAUGCAAGGAAUCGCAAUGGCACCUCUAAAGCGUCCCGCAAAGCAUCUGCGUACAAACUAUUGGAUAUAGUGCACAUUUAUUGAUGAUUUGAGAAGCCUAAACAGAUUUUUCUGGUAUAAGCUGUUUUGGGAAAAGGAAGAAAAAGGACAGGCUGAACAUCUUCAACGGAUGUGCAUUGUGGCAUUCCUCCAUAUGUGGAAAAUGCAAUCAUAACAUCUAAACCUGAAGAAUCUUAUCCUGAUGGAUCUAACUUAACAUACCUAUGUCGAAAAUCAUACUUCAUCAGUGGAGAAAGUAUGGUUACCUGUCGCAAUGGAAGAUGGGAAAAAAUACCAACAUGUCAAGAUUGCUCAGCAGAAAUAAACACUGGGUCUUUUUUGUCACGUAUUGUGGGUGGUAAGGAGGCUGCGAAGGGUCAGUGGGUUUGGCAGGCCAGUUUACAAUAUCAGCACCAACACUUGUGUGGAGGAGUCAUCAUCAGCCCUCGCUGGGUCAUCACUGCUGCCCACUGCUUCAUUAGAUAUGGCACGAAGCCAGAGUCAGAUUGGUCCGUGGUGGUUGAUACCGUGGACAUCUCGGAUCCAUUUCAGGGAAAACGCUACCACGCACUUCAGAUACACCAGCACCCACAAUACCUAAAAGACAAGCACGACUACGACCUGUGUCUGCUGCGCACACAGACAGAGAUGGAGAUAGGAGACGGCGUUAGACCCGUGUGUUUGCCCCGUCUGACAGAUUCGUUCCCUUCGGGAUCGUCCUGCUGGGUGACUGGCUGGGGUCACACAAAGGAAGGAGGGUCUGUGAUGUCACACCUGAGACAGGCUUCGAUUCAGCUGAUCAAUCAGACCGUCUGCUCACAGCCCACAGUGUACGGCUCACGGCUCACUCCCAGAAUGCUCUGCGCCGGUGUUUUGGGGGGAGGAGUGGACUCCUGUCAGGCAGACAGCGGGGGUCCUCUGGUGUGUCAGACUGAAGCGGGUGACUGGCGAUUGGCUGGUGUGGUGAGUUGGGGUAUAGGAUGUGGACGAGUCAAUAAACCUGGUGUUUACAGCAGAAUCACUUCACUGCUGCAGUGGAUUCAUCAAACCAUCAGUGAUUGAAAGGAAGAGUCCUUCUCGAAGGUCACCACACAGAACUAUCACUUUUGAAAACAGUGUCAUUAAUUAUUAUUACACAGAUUGUAAAAGGCUUUAAUCUAAUGACUGAUAACUGAAAGCUUUGUGAGAGAGCAUUAUCAUGUGCAAUAAAAGCUGCAAUAAAAAUGA